AUGACUGUCUCUGGAGAUUCCAACCUCACCAGCACCGCAGAUGCCAUCCCCAACGGUGUAAAGCCGUCCUGGGAGGAGCUCGGCGCAAAGAAACGAAGCGACCUGCAGGCCUCGAUCCCCAGGGAAUGGCGCAUCCCCGAUAGCCUGCUGCCUCCACUGACUCAAGACGAUGUGACAGGCUGGCCAGAGGAGAGCGGUUGGUUCACCGUGAAAGAACUGGCCAUUACCAACAUGACUGCGGCAGAGCUGCUGUCCAAGAUGGCGGCGGGCGAGCUGAAGUCGGAGGACGUGACCAGGGCGUUUUGUAAGCGGGCAUCUGCCGCUCAUCAGCUUACAAACUGUCUUUCUGAAAUCUUCUUUGACCGUGCCAUCGCCAUGGCGCGUGAACGCGACCAAUACUUUGCGCAGACCGGCAAGCCCGUCGGUCCUCUCCAUGGCCUCCCCAUCUCCCUCAAGGACAACAUCAAUGUCAAGGACGUCGAUUCCACAGUUGGCAUGGCCGUCCACGUGGGUGACCCAGCCAAGGCAGACGCAACGCUGGCUCAGAUGCUGGCUGAAGCUGGUGCCGUCUUCUACGUCAAGACGAACGUGCCCACGGCCAUGAUGAUUGCUGAGACCGUGAACAACGUGUUUGGGCGGACUUUAAAUCCGAGAAAUAGGCAGACCACAAGCGGUGGAAGCUCUGGGGGAGAGUCUGCAUUGAUUGUCAUGAAGGGCAGCCCCCUUGGUGUCGGAUCAGAUAUUGGUGGCUCUCUUCGAAUCCCUGCUGCCGCCACCGGCAUCUUCGCACUCCGUCCCUCCUCCGGCCGCUUCCCUGUCCGAAACUGCCGCUCCGGCAUGGCCGGCCAGGAAGCUAUUGCCUCUGUCAACGGGCCCCUGGCCCCGACUCUCGAAGACAUCAAGCUCUACACAAAGGCCGUCAUCGAAUCCCAACCAUGGCUACGAGACGCUAAAUGCCUCCCAAUUCCGUGGAGAGAUGCCACGCUUCCCCAAAAGCUGCGCAUCGGCGUCAUGUGGCACGACGGCAUGGUCCAUCCCACCGCCCCCGUUGCACGAGCCCUGAAGCACACCGUUGCCAGGCUCAAGGCCGCCGGGCACGAGAUUGUCGAGUGGGACCACUCUGACCAGGAGGAGGGUUACAGGCUGAUGAAUCGCAUGUUCCUUGCUGACGGCGGCAAGACGAUCAAGUCGCAGCUGGAGCCCACCGAUGAGCCCAUGAGGCCUGAGAUGGAGCCUUACUCAUUGGCAAGGGAACUCAGCACCUCAGAGAUGUGGAAGCUGCACUUGGAGAGGUCCGAGUUCCAGAACCGCCAUCUAGAUCGAUGGGUCAAGGCGGGCCUUGAUGCCCUUUUGCUGCCUACCAUGCCGUUCAACACCGUGAGAAGCGGAAACUUUAAGCAUGGUAUUGCAGUCGGAUACACGGGUGUAUAUAAUGUCGUCGACUACGCAGCCGUUUCAUUCCCGACCGGCUUAAUGGUUGAUAAGGACAUCGACGUAGAGUCGCCCGACUACACGCCUCUCAGCAUUGAUUGCAAAGCCGUUCACGAGACAUAUGAACCUGAUCUGAUGCACGGACUGCCAAUCAGUUUGCAGCUGGUGGCUCGGAAGCUGGAAGAGGAAAAGGUGUUGCAAAUGACUGGUCGAGUAUUAGAAGCUCUGGCUGCGUGA